AUGCCUUUUCUUGCGGAGCCCCGGAGCUCGUCGCAAGAGGCGCUCCUCCGCCUUGAGAAAGGUAGCGACUCACCAACUACUCAACUGCACGAAGCAGCGCAAAUCCUCGGCAUCGACCUAGCUCUGUGUGAGAGCCACCCCGAGACGUACCCAAAUGCAAAUGCAUACAGCACGGCUGCCCCAAAGGAAGAGUGGGUGCUACGAUGGUUGUUGAAGAAAUUGAGAAAUGGGAAAAACUUCCGAGUCGAACCUGAAUCCUUCCUCCUGCUGCGCCAGCUCAUCGAUCGGAUCACACCCAAGAAUUUGGCGACCAUUCUAAAGGACCAGAAGUUCUUGUCCGUUCUCUGUGAUGUUGUGUCUGACCUGGAGACCGAUGUAUCCCUGACCGUUGGCGAUGGAGUGUCGAUUCCUUCCGCAGCUUCCGACUCAAGUCAUACUUUGACCAGCUCCCCACCCGCAGAGAGUCGAGGUUCACAUGGCAUCAAGCGAAAGAGAAUGGGUGACGAUGGCACAGAUCCCAUGGAUAUCGAUGAACAGCCACAAAACCCCGCCUCUUGCUUCCUCGCCUUCAUUCGCGCCCUGGAUUGUCUGUACGGAAUCGUCACGUUAACGCAGCAGACAUUGAGUACCGAUGAAACCGCUCAUUCUCACCUAAAGCUGGCUCUCAGAGGCGUGCCGGAGACGGUUGCUGGUUUGCUGGGGAAGGCGCUCCAGGUGUCGGCUGUGGCCAUCGCCCAAUUUGCGCAUGCCGGGCAGACCACCGAUCUGCAGCACUUGGUUUUUGUGUUUCCUUCAAUGCUUGAAUUGUGGGAUUUGAGGUCUUACCGCCAGGAGGAUACUGAUCACAAGGCAAGCAAUGACUGUUUUGCGGAAUCUUGCUUUGCCUAUGCCCUCAGACUCCAGCUCUGCUUGCGGGCCAUCAAACUGGAUACUGAUGAAAGAGCUCAUCUUCUCCAUGCAAUCGAGCGAAUUAUUGCGGUGCAUGUACUUCUUCCAGCACGGGCAGCUUUCUUCGAUCGUGGUGGCUCCGGUAUCGACUAUUCGAAAGAGGAUCCCGAUUGGAGCUCGGUUAAACCGGUAACGGAUACAUUCCGGUCAAUCAUUCGGGAGCCCUCUGUGGCUCAUCAGCCUGCGGGUACCUUGAAUGCCCAAUCUGUCUAUCCUGCCUGGAAAUCAAUUGAGCUUCUUCCCGAACUCUUUGAUAACGCUGUUCGUGCAGUUCCGAGAGAUGACUUCCGUCGGCAAACUGCGGAGGCUCCGUGGUUGGAGACUCUGUUUGUUGCAGUUGCGGAGUUAGCAUAUUCUACGGCGAAAGAAGAUGAGCCGGAAACAUACUCUUCUCGCUUCGUCUCGGUGCUGGAGGAGCUUCUCCAUGUGGCCCUGUCCCGAAAUGUUGGUCUGUCACUCCAUACCAUCCUGACACAUGCUGGCUACACCGGUCUUCUUCAAGAGGGGUUGGGGCAUGUCCAGUGGAACGUGACUGCACUUAUCGUUAGCCUGGGCGUCGACGUGUUCCUUCCUAACUCUGGCUUGCGUGACUCUCGCAAGCUGCUGGAUGCACUGCUCGAAAAGAUUAUGCUCCAGUGGCACGAACGUGACACUAAGCAGAGCGAAUACGACAUUGUGAAGAACAAAGUUGUUAUCCCUCUGCUUCGCGGUUUCGCAACUGCCAGAGACCUCUCGGCUUUCGCAGAAGUUUGGCAAGGGCAGUUAGUAAUUCUUGAGGAGGCUCGUCUUCAAGACAGCAACCUGCCAUUAUUCUCGGUGUGGGAAGACGAUGAUCUGUGCAACAUCUACGGUGACUUGGUGAAAACCUCGCUCACAACCUCGAAUUUCGCUGCCCAAAUGCAAACCGCCGCCUCCGAGAUCAAGGCGCCUGAUGGCAAGGUCUCUGGGGCUUCUGAAUCGUAUGCGAAGUUUGUCAUUGCGGAGGCUAGCUUCCGAGGAAAGGCUCUGGCUUUAACCGAUUCCGAGGAGACGCUUCCUGCCUUCCUAGAAACGUUGACUGCUACUCUAUCUUCAAAGCAGACUCUUCACUGGCGUUGGCGUUUGUGGCGAUUUUUGCGAAAUGUUUUCCGCAAUACUGUACAAUCGGGUGACAGUGCUCUCAAAGAAGCAUUCCAGCCCUUGGGAAACAUCGCCUCAAAGACAAUUCAACGCAACCACCGGCAUCUCAAGAAAACGCCACUCGCAGCAUUAGAGUCCUGGGAGGCAUAUCGCUUCAUCUUGAUGAUUGUCAAGGGAAGGCCCAGCAAGGAUCAACUGGAGACAUUUACCACAGUAUCUGAAAAAAUCACCGAUUUCAUCGUAUCAAUCUCAGCCGGUGAUGCUAAGAAAUCGAUGAAGAAACCAUGGAAUGGCCGAGUGGAGACUCUCAAUUCCCCGGCGAACCUGGCCUUGGCUUACUUCCUGGCGAAUCUCAGGGCCCCGGAUAUCUGGAAGCAGGUUGAGUCCGACACGCGUUCUCGUAUGUUCGAGCACCUCCUCUCCCUAGCUGCAGCUCAGUACCAGUCAUCAUCAUUGUCCUUGGAGGCAGUCUCGGAUGACGCGAGAUUCCUUCAAGCAUGGGCUAGUAUGGUUUGCCAUGAGUAUCUGCUCAGCGUUCAGGUCAUCGUACCUGAUUUGGCUCUCCUUCUCAACAAGAACAUUGAGAAUGAGUCCCCCCCACCGCCGCCUCUACGUGGAAAGCUUGCAACGCAUUCCCGCCUCGUCGAUCACUCGCGUGCACCAGAAGUAACGGUUGGUCUGCUGACCAUGAUGGCCAAGCUGGCAGCGAUGCCAAAAUGCGACGCCGCCGUCACGGGUGACUGGGAGCCAAUCUGGACUGCAGCUCGUGCUAUCUCUUUGGGCGGAACCGAUUUGGAUCUCCAAAUCAUGAAGUCUUUCCGUUCCCUCCAUUGCGCGAUCAUUGCGAAACUUCUGGUACUCUCUGAGGAUGAUCGGAUCGAAUCGUUCAAGAAGCUCUUCGCAAAAGUAUCCAAGCAGGCUUCCAAAUUGCGUCAAAUUGAUCGCAACUCCAUGGCUUGUUUCCUCCUCCGCCUAUCUCUUUCAGAACUAUGGGUUCACCGCGCAAAACUACAAAAAGCUUUUCCUGCCGAAGAGCUGGACUCUUGCCGCCAAAGUGUUUUUAGCUUGGUAUUGGCUGAAAUGAAAUCCGUCAAAGACCAAUGCAGAAAACAGAAACUGGAAGAGACCAUCACUCUUAUCAAGACGAUCGAUGCUUUGGAGGACUUCGAGGAUAUGGCUCUAAACAAUAUUGAGGUGGAGAAAUUCUUGAACAAGAUCGAGCAUUAUAUGGAGAUGUCGAUCGAUUCAGGCCCUUCUCGAUUGAUUCGCCGUCGUCUCUUGGCAGUCAGAGGGCCAGAGAAGAGCAUCACUGAUCCAGUGCUCCAAUGUGCCGAGACUCUUACCCUACAGUCGCUCUACGCUGAGGACCAGCAGCUCUUUAUCCGUGCCACCACUGAACGAUUCCGCUCUAUGUCUGCCGAGCGCAUCGGCGAGGCCAUCCGCGACAUUCGGAGAUUGGGACUAGUUGAAGAGGAUUCUGCGUGCCGACUCCUGGUGGUUUAUCUGGCUCUUAUCGCUCUUCCGCCUGUCGAAGACAAAGAGACUGCAGUGGCUCGCGAGCUUUCCCUCCUUUGUACAGCUUUGGGUGAAACCGUCAUGCACAGCACUUCCAUCGACCAGUUCUGCUUCGCCACGGAGUGUAUCACUCUCCUCCUCCGCGUUCACGCUCGCGCUCUCACUCAAUCCAACAUCGACUCCCUCCUUACCACCAUCGCGGCAUCGGCCUCGAAGGCCGGCCCUCGCAUCUCAUCCAAGUAUGCACCUACCAUCUUCACCCGCCUCUGUCGUCUCUUGGGCACGGUCCUUGGUCUGCAGCGUAUCAAAAUUGGUGGCCGCUAUCAUAUGGUCAACACUGCGAUGGUCCGCCUUCUAGGGUGCCUAUUUGCACGAUCCCGCAAGCGCUCUCGUUCUGCACGCUCCCAGCCUAGCUUUUCGCAGCCAUUGUGGCUCGCUCCACUCGAGGUUUCUCACGCGACACACUACACACGUCUCCUCACUACACUCUGUGACCCGACGCUGUCCGCUGUGCUUCGUCCCCAGCCUGGCGCCUCGCGUGAGGCUCUGAUUGACGAAACUAAAAAGGCAAAGAGCAUUGCCGGUCAGUACCUCAAGUACGUUGUCGCGGAGUACACGCAGUGCUCUCUGCGGGGUGCACUCUUACCUGACGUCAAGGCUGCACUUAUGCCAGGUCUGUACGCUGUGCUGGACGUGAUGUCGAAGGAGACUUUGCGGUCACUGAAUGCCGGUUUGGAUGCCUCCAGCCGGGCCGUGUUCAAGUCUCUUUACGAUGACUACGUCAAAUUCGGAAAGUGGAACCAGGCGUGA